GAUCGAUCCAGCCGGCCGCGCGUCUGCCGUCGAGCUCACAGCAGCGCAGCCCCGCGUCCAAACGGGGCUCGGUCCUCUCUUUGCGGCGAACAAGAGGCCAUCUUUCUCGCCCCGGAGACACGCACCACACGAGAGACGCCAUGCCGAGCUCCCGCAGGCUGAUCCUGGGCCACGUGGUGACCGACCUCGGCUCCAAGAUGAACCGCACCAAGAAGCUGGGUCCGGACGUGCUGCAGACGCCGCUCAACCGCUGCCUCAGCACCUUCGACAUCACCUUGCUCGGAGUGGGGCACAUGAUCGGCGCCGGCAUCUACGUGCUGACGGGCACCGUGGCCAAGGACCUGGCGGGCCCGGGCAUCGUGCUCAGCUUCCUGCUGGCCGGCUUCACGUCGCUGCUGGCGGCGCUGUGCUACGCCGAGUUCGGCACGCGCAUCCCCAAGGCGGGCUCGGCCUACGUCUACACCUACAUCAGCAUCGGCGAGUUCUGGGCCUUCAUCAUCGGCUGGAACAUCAUCCUCGAGCACAUGAUCGGCGCGGCGUCGGUGGCGCGCGCCUGGAGCGGCUACAUCGACUCGCUGGUGGGCGGCGCCAUCAGCAACGCGACGGUGCGCGCCGUGGGCGAGAUGCACGAGCAGCUGCUGGCCAGGCACCCGGACUUCCUGGCGCUGGCCGCCUGCCUCGCCUACACGGCCAUGCUGUGCGUGGGCGUGAAGGGCUCCGCCGCGGUCAACAGCCUGUUCACGCUCGUCAACCUGGCCGUCAUGCUGCUCGUCGUCGUCGUGGGCUUCUCCAACGCCUACCCGGGCAACUGGACCCUGUUCGGCGGCUUCCUGCCCUUCGGGGUGUCGGGCGUGGUGGAGGGCGCCGCCACCUGCUUCUACGCCUUCGUCGGCUUCGACAGCAUCGCGACGUCGGGCGAGGAGGCGGUGAGCCCGGGCAAGUCCAUCCCGCUGGCCACCAUCUCGUCCAUGCUGAUCGUGACGCUGGGCUACGUGCUGGUGAGCGCCGCGCUCACGCUCAUGGUGCCCUACUGGAGCCUGAGCGCCUCGGCCGCCCUGCCGCAGGCCUUCGCCGACCUGGGCAUCCCCUGGGCGCAGUGGGCCGUGUCCGUGGGCGCGCUCUGCGGCAUGACCACCACCUUGUUCGGCUCGCUCUUCUCGCUGCCGCGCUGCAUGUACGCCAUGGCGUCCGACGGCCUGCUCUUCAAGUUCCUCGGCAACGUCAACGAGAAGACGCAGGUGCCGCUAGUCAACCUGGCGCUGUCGGGGCUGUCGAGCGGCUUCCUGGCGCUGGUGUUCGACCUGGAGAAGCUGGUGGAGUUCAUGUCCAUCGGCACGCUCCUGGCCUACACCAUCGUCAGCGCCUCGGUGGUCAUCCUGCGCUACCGGCCGGAGCUGGUGGUGCUGGAGCCGCUCGGCGAGGACGUUUCCCCGUCCGGGCUGUCCGUGGAGUCGGACAUAGUGGAGAUGCUGUCGGCGGGGCGGCUGAAGCCCAAGUUCCGGUGGCUGGACGGCGCGCUGGGCCACUGCAGCCCCGGGGGGGCCGUGUCGGGGGCCGUGUUCGUCUUCACCUGCCUGAGCGGCGUCCUGGCGGUGCACCUGCACUUCUCGUGGCACGAGCUGCGCGAGGCGGACUGGUGGGCCGUGCUGCUGACCGGCUUCUUCGUCCUGGCGCUCGUGGGCUGUCUGCUGCUGAUAGGCGCUCACGAGCAGAACACCACGGGCGUGCCGUUCAAAGUGCCGUGCGUUCCCGUUGUGCCGGCGCUCAGCAUAUUCUUCAACGUGGCGCUGAUGGUCAACCUGAACGCCCUCACCUGGGUUCGCUUCAUCGUCUGGAUGGCUGUAGGCCUGCUGGUGUACUUCCUGUACGGCAUCCACCACAGCAAGGAGUCGGAGCAGGUGAGCACGUACUCCGUGCUGAUGACAUCGACGGAGGCGGGCAAGGAGAAGUGGGGGGCCACGCACAGCACCAGCCUGCCCAACCUGGAGGUCGCGCCGCUUCCCAGUCCCCCCACGGAGGAGCCCCCCGCCGCCCCGGAGAAGUGAGCCCUCGCCCCGUUGUCCGGCGCGGGUGGCUGAGGGCCGCGGCCACACGCGACAUGUCCCCCGACCUCUGCUCUCUGCGAUGUGUCCCGAGCUGUUCCAGUGGGCCAGAGGCUGAUCAAGAAAGGGUAAAAGAAACAACGGAUAAAAAGACUUAAAGUAAAUUUUGGGAUGUUUAUAUUAAAUACCUAUCAAAGAAGGAUGUAUCCAAGGGCGUCGCCAGGGGGGAGGGUAGGGUGGGCAAUUUCCCCCCCCCUAGAGCCUUAGAGAUAUAAAAUGAUGUAGCCAAAUGCAAAAAAAUACAUACUUUUACCACAACUUGCCCCCCCCCCCCCCCCUCUCUAAGCCAUCGGCUGGCGACGCCCUUGUGUAUAACUGCAAAAAAAAAUCUUUGUCUGGAUCUAAUAUAUAGACACAGUUAUUGGUAUCUAGAUAUUAAGUCUCGUCCCCCCCCCCCCCGCCAUUUUGUUGGGGAGGGGGUAUUCAGACUACCGUGCCCUUCCCAAAAAUCAAUCCUGUAUCUGCCCCUGAGUGUCCCAUAUCCCAUGAAUGUAACCAACUUUAAUUAAUGGUGUACCGACAGCAACAAAACCUAUUGCGGAAUUUGGUCACAAUGGUCUAAAAUAAUUGAAUGAAACAGGAUAUAAAAUAUGCAAAACAACCAGGGGUGUGCGAAACAUUUUUUUUUAAUUCGAAUCCAAGACGAAAAUUUAGUGCAAUAAAAUUGUUAAGUGACUAAGGUGAAUUAUUCAUGCAUCACGUGUCUAUUGCACGCUUCCCUACAUUUUUAGUUUUAAAUCUCACAAGUUUUUGACAUGA